UCAGAGGCCAUUAUUAUAAAAUAAAAUCUGAGCAAGCUGCAAUUUUUUCCUGACCUUUAAAGAGGAACUGGAGGAUGCAUGUCAAGCACGCAUGUAUGUUUAUAAUGAGAAGCGGUUGUAUUUAGUUAGGUUCUUAUUUGCAGCCGAUAGCUUGAAUUUAUUUGAUAAAAAUGGCUUCAGUUCUCGGCGCUCACUAGCUCAUGAUGUUUUGGGUACAUUCUGGCAGUAUUUAUGUAACCAUGAAUUUGUGUUGGACAUGUAAUUUGUUGUUUCUGAAAUGCCAUUAAAUUUGUGUGUAACCCCUCACUCCAGUUAAGGAAUUGGUUUUGCCAUGCAGUGUGAAAUUGGAUUGUGUCCUGUUUGCAGUACAUCAAGCCAAGGGGCCACAAUGGCUGACACUGAGACUAAGAAGAUGAAGAGGAAGCACCUCAAGCUGUAUUCUAAGGCUACGUUUACCGGCUACAAGCGUGGCCUCAGGAACCAGUACGAGACCUUUGCUCUCCUGAAGCUGGAGGGAACGUUCAAUAAGGAGGAUGCUAAACACUACCUUGGCAAGCGCUGUGUCUAUGUUUACAAGGGCAAGAACAAGUCUCGGGUGCCGGGAGCGCCCAACCAGCACAAGAACCGCCUGCGUGCCAUGUGGGGCAAGGUGGUGCGGAUCCACGGCAACAGCGGCUCGGUACGCGCGCAGUUUAAGCGCAACCUGCCCCCGAACGCUAUGGGCAAGACUGUGCGCGUGAUGAUGUACCCCUCGAGGAGCCAGUGAUCCAAUACAGUGACUCGACCACA